GGGAGGAGAGGCGGGUAAACAUGUAAACACUGAACCAUCCUGAUGGAGGCUUCUAGUGUAGUAAACCUGUUACACUUUAUCGUGUUACCCUUUACUUUUGAUCACAGUUAAAACUACAGGGCUGGUCUUUUUCUUAGUGCCUUCCCAUAACAGCUGUUUACUUUAACGACGGAUAAACGCUAACGUUUAUCACACCAACCUGAGCUAACCUGUUAGCCUGCUAGCUAGCUACUUUCACAGGUCAACAUAUAACUCCAACUUCGUCCUUUUAAGUAUCAGAAAUCAAUACAAAACGCCUCCUGAUGCAACUCGAUGGAGGACUACGACACGUUUGUACAGAUUCGCCUCUCUCAUCUGAGGAAAAGAGAGGAGGAAAAGGAGAAACCUUUACCUUCAUCCUCUCUCAUCCGCUUCUAUGGAAAACCUGUUCUGCCUCCUCUGCUCUCAGAGGAACAGAGAGAGGAGAUGCAGCGGCACAGAGAAGCAGCGCAGAAAGCUGCCGUCCACAGGAAGGUAAAGGAUGAUCCGAGGAUGACUCAUGUGCAGACGAUCCUCCACAGUGUUCAUCUGAGGACGACGCCAACAUUGGAGGAGUUGCUUCAAGAGUCGGAGAUUUACACAACAUCUUCAUAUUUACAUAAAAUCAACGAUGGAUCAGGUUCCCCGAGCAGCCAUUUCCAAGGCACAAAGGAUGAUGUUUCACUCUCAUCUCCGCCUAACAGGAAAGAAAACAAUGAUGUUGCUCUCCCUCCGUUUACAUCAACAGCUUAUAGUGCCUUUCUUGCCACGAGUGUGACACCUCGGCAGGAAGGAUGCCAUAUGGAUCCAUGUUACAGCCAAAACGGAUCACAGCCAAGUUCCUUUAAUGGUGUUAGCCACCUGUCCUUAGGUUACGUGACCUACGAGAAUGUUGAAAAUGCCACUGGUGUCACUGUCGGGAUUGACUCAGGGAGAGAGAGCAAUGGCUUUGUAACCUCGAAGGGAGCUGAUAGCAUGAAUGGCUAUUUCCUCCACAACACCUCAAACACAAUCGCCAAGAUGCCAGAUAUCAUUAGCUACCCUCCCAUAGAUGGAGAGGAACUUGAGAGGAGUGGACUAGAAUCAUCGUUUUGUAAAGACUUUGAAGACGUAGAAGACAUUUGUGGCACCACACUCCAGGAGGACUCAGUCAUAUGUGAGAGUUCAGAAGGAGAGAAAUCUGAAAGCUGGCUUGAAAACAGCACAGAGGAUGAAGCAAAUGUUUCUGUUAGUACCAUACUUGAUCUUGACAAAGAUCAAACUUUGGACAGAGUGGAGGGCCACAGUGGCUUUUCAGACAAUCCAGAGUCAUCUCAGACUUCUUGCCCUCAUCUCUGUCCUGCAAAAGAAGAACAUCUUAAGGACGACCGCACAGACACAGAACAAGCCGACAUCCACGGAGAUGAAGAAGAGUCAUCAGAGGAGCCCUAUCGCCUGAGCCUCCAGGCUCUAUUGAAGAAAUCUCAAGAGUAUCGGCGGCGCCAGCGGAUGCUUAGGAACCAAGCCAAAAACAGUAAAAUCAAGGAGAGGACCCAAGAACAGCCAAAAGCAAGGACAGAGGAGCCGAGCCUCUCUGAUAAGGAAACGACGAGUUCCCUCUUAAGGGCAGUGUAACUGCAGAGGGGAAGAAAACUCAAGAGAGCAGAGGCAAUAUUAUUCAGUCAGUGGAAAUGUCACCAAAGAAAUCCUGGGACAAUGACGGGAGGAUUGAGAGUGAGGAAAAGACUGUAAGCACAACAUCUACAGGAGAUGAGAACAUCAAGGAAAUGACUGGUGUUGAGGAAGAAACAACUUUAAGAAAUAAUAAGCUAAACAUUUCACCAGAACUCAUGACAGAGUUUAAAGAAAUCAGUGCCUUCGCCCGGCAACAGCCCAUGUCCACAGAAACCUCCCCAGUUCAGGAAGCAUUCAGUUUGACUACAAGCCCUUCAGAUUUUCAUAGAGGAGGAGGCAAAUAUAAAACUAUUCCAGCCCCACAUUUCUGCAGGAGUCCUGUUCGCUGCAAAAGCAGUGUCCAAGAUAAAAUAGCUGUAGAUGAGACAGGUUUACUCAAUACUGGUUUGAAUAAAAAUCUCAGUGUUGAAGGGUUUAACUUUGGACCUCAAAAUAUUCACACCACAGUCUCUUCCAAAGUGAAUGUCAUGAACGAAGGUGAUUUAGCAGGUGUUUCCACCAUGAGUUCACAGCACAUAGAUCAGCUGGAGUCCAACCUGUCCGGUCUUAAAGUGUUGAUCUCAGAUCUGGAGUCCACACUUACAGAAAACUUCAGGAAUCAGGGCCUUAAUGGGAGCAAACAGACGCAGAGUAACGAUGAAGACAGCAAUGAUGCAGAGCAAAACCAAAACGAGCUGCUGAGAAGACAAUCAUUAAACAAUUCCAAGAACUCGCAUGAAGAUUCAGGAUCUGAUCCCAGCAUCAAUUACAUGGAUGAUGGUCCCGUCAUAAAGCAGAGAAAAGGAACUGAAGAAGUUAACUUAAGUGAGCUCAGGCUAGUCAAAACUUUAGUUACAGAGCGAGGAAAGGAAAAAUGUUCAACUAAUGACAGACUCACAAAGAGUUAUCGACAUCAUGGUGGAUCUAUUAAGCAGCAGCCCACAGCUAAAUGCCUCCUCUCUGCAGCUCAGCGCCUUAGGAUUCCUGACAUAUUCAGAAAUGUUGCCUCUGAAGCCGCUGCUCCAAGUAAUGUCUCAGUGCUGUCAGACACCAGUAACCAUCCUGUGGACAGGAGGAACGAGGCAGCUGAAGGGAGUCACAACUCAACCUGCUCACCAUCUCUCAACCAGUCGUACGAUGUGGACGCUCCGUCCGGCCUGUGGCUCCUAGAAGGGUCAGGAUCUGACUUUGGCACAAUAGGCCAUCUUUUUGAGGAGAAACACCUGACCCCUGAGAGCGAGAGUGAAGGUCAGAGUGGGAUAUCCAAGGUCAAACGCAGGCUGCUCAUGCAUAUGACCGAGGACAAGCAGGACAGGAGCGCAGACGUCUUCAGAGGAGCAGACUCAGUGGUCAGACCAAACUCCAGCACGCCUAGAGCUGCAAUGGGUUGGAGCGCAGACCAUAAGAGUGUCAACGACAGGCAGGAACAACUGAAACAGGCCCACGCCGCUCAGGUCAGAGCUCUGCAAGACCAGCACAGGAGGCAGCAGGAAGAACUACUGCAGGCGUUGGCCGAGCGUUUCCGCCUCCUCCAGAGUGUGUCCUUCCCCUGCUCCAUGUCCAGCUCACGUCUUGGGGACACGCUGACCUUUACCAGCAUCUCUCAGCCCUCCAGCACACUCUCAGAGCGCUGCCGCCCCCUACUGUUAUCGGCUGUGAAAGGUUUCCUGACUCGCAGGCUUCUCAGGACGGAGAAAGUGGCGCAGCUGGUGCGAACCGUCAGGGACACACAGCAGCUACUGCAGGCCCUCCAGCAGCAGCAAAGCCCCGGCAGAGGAGAGUUCAGUAGCAGACAGGACCUUUUGUUGCAGGAGAGAGCCGCUCUGCAGCUGCGCGCGGCACGUUACGAGGUCAACGACAUAUUCUUCAGCCUGUCAACCGGAGAAAGGAUGCAGCUGAUCAGCUGGGACCGAGAGCUGGCCAUGGAGAGAGAGCACAGACGACAGAGCGGGAACACGGGCCAUCCCAGAGGAAAGAGUUCACUGUCAGCGGCGACACAAAAAUCGCUGGAGAGGAAAAAAGAGAUGAUGAUGCAAAAAAAGGCAGCAGCAAAGAACAGGACGAGGACUGGACACACCGCAGAAUCCUCUGCCAAGCAGCCGCUGGAAAAAAAGCGAGGACAAUUCAAAGCAAAUCCUCAGAGGGUCCCCAAGAGCACUUACUCCUCCAGACCCCGAUGACACUCCCCUAAUUGGCCCCAGUGAGCACCUUUAAUAAGGCCUCCUGCGAUUACAUGAAUAUUGUAUUACUAGUCAUUUGAGAGUUACCAAAUCCAAAUUUGACUCCAAGAGAGGCCUGUUGCUGGUGAGCUGGGAUCUUUUUUAGCACUCUACAACCAGAAUAUAAUACAGUUUCAGUGGAGCCUCUUUUUCAGACAUUACAAAGAAGUUUCACAAAGAGAGGAUGCUUAAAGCAGGGAUAACAAAAAAAACCCACCACAGCCACUGUUAACACAAAAUACUUACUAGGUCUGCUUCACCAUCUUCUGUGUAGUAAUGCUGCAGAUGUAAGAGGAGAAAAUGUUGAGUUUGGCAUCAAAUCAAAGCUCUGUGAUGUGCCUAAAAGAUGUUGUAUGACUCACAAACUACAUUUUGAGAUUUCACAGCAGGAAGGCACAGUUAUGAAGAAUAACACUAAUAAGGGCUUUAUUUCAGUUUGAUCUGGUCAGUGGGAGACAACCCAGGGGUCCGACGAUUUAUCCAACAAGAUGAAUCACAGUAAAGAAGCACAAUUAUUUAAAGUUUAUACAGAACACACUUUUACCUCCUUUCUCUAAAAACAACUCAAAACAAUCAAUAUGUAGAACGAGAUAACUCAAGGGCUCUGACAUGCAGCAUGUGACUAUGAUACAUGAAUAGACAUUGCUUUGUUAUACAUGUUUACAGGUUGCAACGUGUAGUUACAUGCAAUGAGCCCCAUGUACAAUACCAGGAAACUUAAAGGUUAAGUGCAGCCAUGGUUUGACCUGAAGAUCAUACCACUACUGCUGCUUUAAUAUACCAAAAUGUCCACUCUGAAAUAAUCAGAUAAGUUAGAAAUAUUUUUGAAGAAUAGCAGAAAUGUUAAUAUCCAGAUGCCGGUGUUGUUGUUACUUGAGUGUGUUACUCCCAAGUUAUUGUUUAGAGCAUUUAAAUCACAUGUCAGUCAAAACACAUGUAGAGCUUUACAAUUUUGUAUUCUUAAUGACUUUGGACCUUUCUUUCUUUUCUUUUUUUUUUUUUUACAUUUUAUUUAUUUGU